AUGGAAAAGCAAAAUGAACACUUCGCACCACGCUCCUGGUCGAUUUCCCCUGGUCGACUUGUUAGUGGAUCUGUCCACCGCUCCGUCGCUGCUACGGCAUCGGCGAAAAGGCGGGAAAGAUGUCAAACGCUCUCACUGGAUUCUGGCAUUGAUUAUCGAAGAAUCGGGGGUGGCGAUUCCGACUCCUACUUUGUUCAGUCACCUGAGUGCGAUGCUAACAAACAGUGCGAUCGUAUUUUCAAGCAGUUAAUCGCUCAAGAAACAGACACUGUACGCUCAAAAACUUUGAAUAUACUUGGGCGCAACUUAGUGGUGGAAAAAUGCUGUGGUGGUGUUGCUGAUAUCGAUUUUGCAGAUGUAGGUCUCUGCUACUUCUGACC